AUGGCCGACGCCAAUGUCGUGCAAGACACAGCUGCGGCCCCGCCGUUGCAAACUGAGACCCCUCCGAAAGCGACGCCUCCGACGAGCAUCGACAUUGACAACAAGCCGACGGACUUUGACGGGCAGCUCGCGACAAACGAUGAGAUACCCUCGGAUGCCACGCUCGCCGAGGUUGCUGACUAUGUCCUGCUCGAUAAGCACGGCAAGUCACAUACCUUCCAGAGCCUCUACAACAGCCCCAACGGUGCCCGACGAGUCUUGGUAGUAUUCGUCCGCCACUUUUUUUGCGGCAACUGUCAAGAAUACAUUCGCGCUCUCGCCGAGUCGAUAUCCAGCGAAGCUCUCCUCCGUCUUCCUGUCACCACUUCCAUCGUCAUCAUCGGCUGCGGUGACCCUCAGCUCAUCGAAAUGUACAUCGAGGCUACCAAAUGCCCGUUCUCUCUAUAUACCGACCCCAAGAGUGCGCUCUUCGACGCUCUUGGCAUGGUCAAGACUCUCGCGCUUGGCGAGAAACCUGCGUACAUGAAGAUGGGAUUUCUCAAGGGCGUCUUUACCGGCAUGAGCCAAGCCUUGAGGCAGCUACCUCGCGGCCUCACGCUCAAGUCGGGCGAUCAGCGUCAGGUCGGCGGCGAGUUCCUCUUUGAGCCUCUCGAUCUGGCCACGCCCCUGACGACGCCCACCGACGGCCAAGGCGGCCCAGCUAUCAUGGAAGCCUUUGAGCAGAUUUCCGGCCAGGGAGAUUGCAAAAGACAUCUCGAGAUCAAGAAGAUUACGUGGUGCCAUCGCAUGCGUAGCACCCGAGACCACGCCGAGAUUCCUGAGAUAAUGGAGCUUCUUGGCCUCGAUGGGCACGGCCAACCUAUCAAAGACACUGCACUGUGGGAAAAGACAAUCAAGACCCGAAAGGGCACGGGGUUUUCCAUGGCAAGAAGAAUGAAUGAAUUGACUGCCGCGCACAAGGUAGAUGCAGAGGCAGACAAGGCAUGA